GUCCCUGCUAUAAGUGGCACGCCGGGCGGGUAAGCGGCGGCGCGCGGCGACCCCCGCAGCAGCUCCGAACCUUCUCCCAGCCGGCGCAGGAAGCUCACCGGGAAGCCGGUGCAAAACCCCCAAGAUCACACACACACACACCCCAGCUACAAAUCCGUCCGCCAGCCCCCGUCGACAUCCCUCACUCCCCCAUGCGCACCGGCAGCUCACCGAUCCCCGGAGCCGCUACUGCUAUAAAUACAAAGCUUCCCCGGCGGUGGUCUAGCCGGCCAUGGCGGCAGUCGGAGCGCACCCAGUGCUGUACCACCACCCGGCGCCGGCGGGCGACGCCUCCUCCAUGUCCUCCUACUUCUCCCACGGAGGCAGCUCCACCACCUCCAGCUCUGCGUCCAGCUUCACCGCCGCGCUCGCGCCGACGACGACGGCGCUCGCCGAGCAUUUCGACAUCUCCGAGUUCCUCUUCGACGACGCUGCGGGCGCUGGGGUCGCCGGCGCGCCAGGUGUGUUCGCCGAUGGCGCGGCCCGCCCCGUCGUCCUGCCGGUGCCGGAUGCCGCUGGUGGUGGUGCAAUUAUCGGCGCAGCCGCUGGGGGCGCGGCUGCGGCGUCGGAGGUGCCAGAGCGGCCGCGGACGACGCGGAUCGCGUUCCGGACGAGGUCGGAGAUCGAGAUCCUGGACGACGGCUACAAGUGGAGGAAGUACGGCAAGAAGUCCGUCAAGAACAGCCCCAACCCAAGGAACUACUACCGGUGCUCGACGGAAGGGUGCAACGUGAAGAAGCGGGUGGAGCGGGACAAGGACGACCCCAGCUACGUGGUGACGACGUACGAGGGGAUGCACAACCACGUCAGCCCCAGUACGGUGUACUACGCCAGCCAGGACGCCGCCUCCGGCCGCUUCUUCGUCGCCGGCACGCAGCCACCGGGCUCCCUCAACUGAUCCCCGGCGGCCCAUCGCGACGUACGGUCCGCUCCACCCUACCACCGCACCUAUCUGGUUUCGACUCCCAGAUGGCAGGCUGGCAGCUAGCUAGUCGGCGGUAUACACUAGUAAGUAGUAGUAGGAUAGGCCGGCCGACACCCGAUAGGUGAUCGGCUGGUGGGUCGGUUUCCCGAGGUGGAUUUCUCGUUUGGGUUUCUAGCACACCCCUCCGCUCCUCCCUCUUUUCCCCGUCCUUUUCCUGCUCCGAUCAUGGAAAGGGCCGGCGGCUGGCUGGCUGGCUGGCUGUUGCGAUCGAAUAGUAUGUAGUGGUGGUGGUGCUGCUGU